UUAGCUAAAAUGUAUUGCGAAUCCGCUAUUCGUCAGAUAAUUUAUUACUUUAAUCGAGGCCAUUCUUAUAAUGUCAUAGUUGACAUGAUGGCCACCUUGCAUGGGGUUAAGAUUAGUCUGCGCGGUUUGAAAAACAAACUAAAAGAGGCUGGACUGUCUAGUCGCAAAGGAUAUUCCCCAAGGAAUAGUGAGGAGAGCGAUCAGGCUGGAACUUCGUGGGCCAGGGCAACUUUUUGGCUACAGAACAAUGUGGCAAGUUCUGAAGCAAAAGUACCAGCUGACAGUUAAACGGGAUGAUGUGAUGGUACUCCUACGUGAGCUCAAUCCUGUCGGAUGCGAAAGGAGAUCGCGGAGGAGGUUUGUCCGAAGAACAUACCACUCCAUGGGCCCAAAUUAUCUCUGGCAUGCAGACGGUUAUGACAAGUUAAAACCGUUUGGCUUGGCCAUCUCAGGGUGUAUAGACGGGUUCUCCCGGAAGGUGCUGUGGUUGGUAUGUGGUCCAACGAACAACAACCCAUCUGUCAUCGCCGCUAAUUACCUGUCAUGUGUGCGAUCUCUUGGGCUGGUCCCAAUGAGACUGCGGACUGAUUGCGGAACAGAGAAUGGCACCAUGGCAACAAUUCAGUCCACCCUACGUCACCAGCACACUGACCACUUCGCUGGUGCGUCCAGCCAUAUGUAUGGCACAUCCACUAGCAAUCAACGAAUUGAGUCAUGGUGGUCCAUAUUUAGAAGGUCAAGAUCUCAAUUCUGGAUGGAAUUAUUUGCAGACCUGAGAGACUCUGGACACUUCAGUGGUAGUCACGAAGACCAAUGUGUCCUCAGGUUUUGCUUUAAUGAAGUUGUUCAGAGGGACCUUGACGAAUGUGUGGAACUAUGGAACACUCACAGGAUUCGCCCCUCUCGAACUGCUUCUUGUCCUGGAGGAGUUCCCAAUGAGUUGUUUCACCUACCACACAGAUUUGGCUCCAGAGACUGUGGCUUUGGGGUUGACCUGGAAAAACUGGAUGCAUUUCCAGAAGCAAAUCCGUCUCUGCCUCCAUGUGGUGAUGCAAACAUUCAGGAGUACUUGGAAUAUGUAAUGGAGCACUUCCAAUUACAGCGGCCAGGGAACUGGGAGUCUGCAUCAGAACUAUAUCUACGGCUCAAAGAAAUUGGACAGCUGUAAUUGCACAGCUGAGUAUAUUGAGUAUACACAGUAAAAAUCAAUUAAACAUAAA